GUAAUAUUCCUAAAAUACCGUUUAUAAAUAAUAGUUUUUUUUAUUCUUAACAUUUUCUUUUUGGAGAUCGAUUGUGGUGAUAUUAGACUUUUCACCGGCUAAAUGGAUACAAUGUGCUAAAAAAGUAUAUAAGUGGUAACCAAUAAAUAAAUAUUAAGUUGUUGUGUAUGAUGGUACAUUUGUUUUGGUAAUGAAUACAUAUCCCAUUAUUUUUGUUUUCGUACUAUUCUUCGUAUCAAGUAAGAUGCGAACAACAAAACCAUAUAGACCAUACCUAGAAAAAUACCCAUUAUAUAAUUGCGAUAAAGAGAAGCAUUGCACUAAAGGUGGUGACAAAGUUUGUGCCAUUAACUAUGAUACGAAUAUAAUUGUCGAAUUUCCUGACAGGUGCACCUAUUAUGGAGCAAACUGCGCUAGACACGGAGAUUAUUGGUCUCUUGAAGAUCAAGGAAAUUGCAAUCCGGCCAUAAUUUUUGUAACGAAAAUCAGACUUCCGAUGAAUAAUGAUUAUUAUUUGACAAAAUCGCCCUCUUCGGAUAAUACCUCUACUACCACAAAACUCAAGGCCAGGGCCAAGCAUAAUGCUUUCAAUACUACGUUACACUUGCGUAAACGUUAAAUAUUUCUAUUCUCCUUUUAUGUCAAAUUCUUAGUGCGAUUUAUUUCCUUCAAUAAAACUAUU